AUGUCGUCUCGAGGACGUGGAAGGGCUUCAGGCCGUGCAGGUCGGGGCGGUGAAGGGGCUGCUCCACAACCUCGGCGUCCAGGGGAACAAAUUCGAGCUGGACCAUCUGCACCUAGACCUCAGCCGCCUGUUGCCUGGGGUCCGCCAUCCGUUGCACCCCCAGUUAGAGCUGGCAUUCCAAAACCCACUGAAUCUGCUGGCAGAGCUUGUCAUCGCAGCACAUCUGGGAUGUCGCAUGCGCAUCCUGGUGAUAUCGACGUUCAGCAGCAGAUGGCGAGUUUGGACAUUGGUAAACCAGCCACUGGCAGUGGUGGAGAUGCUGGAGUUAAAGUGGGACGAGGCUCACAUCGUGGAGGUGGAAGGGUUCUGUCUGAAAAAAUUACUAUUUUAAGGACAAGACCUGAGGCUGUGACUACGAAAAAAGGUACUACCGGUGACCAGUUAGAUCUAUGCGCCAACUACUUCACUGUUGAAACAACUCCGCAGUGGUGUCUCUACCAAUACCAUGUAGAAUUUUCUCCAGAAGAGGACCACACUGGAGUGCGAAAAUCACUUUUACGUAUUCAUGCAAAGACAUUUGGAGGUUACUUAUUUGAUGGUACCGCUUUGUACACGGUAAAUCGCCUAUCAGAAAAUCCUCUAGAACUGUACUCGGAACGAAAAUCUGACGGAGAAAAAGUCAGAAUAAUGAUCAAGUUGAUUUGUGCUGUCAGCCCUGGAGAUUAUCAUUACAUUCAAAUAUUCAACAUCAUCAUAAGGAAAUGUUUCUACUUACUUAAUCUCCAAUUAAUGGGACGAGACUUCUUUGAUCCCGUUGCUAAGGUUGAUAUUCCGGAGUAUAAGUUGCAAAUUUGGCCAGGAUACAAAACAACUAUAAAUCAGUAUGAAGACAGACUUCUGAUGGUCACAGAAAUAACACACAAGGUACUGAGAAUGGACACAGUCUUGCAAAUGCUACAUGAAUACAGUAUGACGAAAGGCAGUAACUUUAAAAAAAUAUUUGUAGAAGAUGUCAGUGGUCAAAUAGUUAUGACUGACUACAAUAAAAAAACAUACAGAGUGGACGAUGUGGCUUGGAAUGAAACUCCAAAAUCUACUUUCCGAAUGAAGGAAGAAACAAUAAGCUAUAUCGAAUAUUAUCAGAAGAAAUAUAAUAUACGGAUACACGAUAUGAGCCAACCCUUGCUCAUAUCUCGUUCUAAGCCGCGAGACAUUCGCGCGGGCAUGCCCGAGCUGGUUUAUCUCGUCCCUGAGCUGUGCCGGCAGACGGGACUUUCCGAUGAGAUGAGAGCCAACUUCCAACUCAUGAGGUCUAUGGGUACCCACACGAAGAUUGGUCCCGAACAGCGUAUUCAGAAAUUACUGCAAUUCAAUCGCCGUCUCACGCAAACUAAAGAGAUUGUUGCGGAACUGGGGUCAUGGUCGUUGAAACUGUCCAAUGAUUUAGUGCGUUUCAAGGGAAGACAAUUACCACCGGAAAAUAUAGUUCAAGGCAACAACGCUAAGUACCCAGCGGGAGAUACAACCGAAGGAUGGACCCGAGAUAUGAGGUCCAAACAGCUUCUGACAGUAGCACAAAUACCGUCGUGGGUAGUUUUGACACCGGUUCGUCAACAAAAAGACGCAGGUGGAUUUGUGGAACUAAUUAUGAAGACCGGCGCUGGUUGUGGCUUCAGGCUUCCGAGACCUGAAAUAGUAACUAUUGAAAGGGACGGGCAAGGAGACUACGCCAACAUGUGUGAGAAUAUAAUCGCCCGAAAGAACCCUGCAAUGAUCCUCAUUGUAUUGGCCAGAAACGCAAGUGACAAAUAUGAGGCGAUAAAGAAGAAAUGCACAAUAGACCGCGCGGUGCCUUCUCAAGUCGUGUGCGCGAGGAAUAUGACGUCCAAGUCUGCUAUGUCCAUUGCUACUAAAGUCGCAAUACAAAUGAAUUGCAAGCUUGGCGGUGCACCAUGGACUGUAAUGAUUCCACUGCCCACUUUAAUGGUGGCGGGUUACGACGUGUGCCACGACACGCGGUCGAAGGAGAAAUCUUUCGGCGCAUUCGUAGCUACCCUCGACAGGCAGAUGACCCAGUAUUAUUCGGCUGUGAACGCACAUACGUCCGGUGAGGAGCUCUCUGCUCAUAUGAGUUUCAACAUUGCGUCUGCUGUGAAGAAGUACCGCGAGAGAAACGGUGUUUUACCUGGAAUGAUAAUGAUGUACCGCGAUGGUGUUGGUGAUGGACAAAUUCCGUAUGUUUACAGUCAUGAGGUGACCGAGAUGAAAAGGACCUUGGCCGAAAUAUAUGGCACAGCCGACUUCAAGUUCGCAUUUAUUAUUGUGUCUAAGCGCAUUAACACGCGUGUUUUCGUGAAUCGCGGUCGUUCUGGUGAUAAUCCUCGACCCGGUACCAUCAUCGAUGACGUGGUGACUUUGCCCGAAAGGUACGACUUUUUCUUGGUAUCCCAAAAUGUUCGCGAGGGGACCAUCGCUCCCACUUCAUAUAACAUUAUCGUCGACUCGACGGGACUUCUACCAGACCAAAUCCAACGUCUGACUUACAAGCUCACCCACAUGUACUUUAACUGUUCGUCUCAAGUGCGAGUGCCUUCCGUGUGCCAAUACGCUCACAAACUAGCCUUCCUUACGGCGAACAGUCUACACGGCCAGCCCCAUUACUCGCUCAACGAAACUUUGUACUUCAUCUAA